GCUAGUUCCUGGGCCAAUCUGCGCCUGCCGGCUUCGGUCGACGGUGCAAAGGACGAAAAAGCCGCUACUUCGACCGGUACCGUGUCGGAGGAGAUACUAACCAAUGUAAACAGAAUUAGAGCGAUGGGCUUUUCUGAAGAGAGCACCAUCGUCGCACUGGAAAUUUGCGCUAAUAAUCCCGACCGUGCCGUCGAGUACCUUCUGAACGAGAGCGUGGACGAGUCAUCAGCUAGUGCUGGUGGUGGUGGCACGACCGGUGACGGUAGUUCGCUUGCGGUUCUCCGUGAAAAUCCAUUUUUUGGGAAAAUGAUGUACCAAAUGAGAGAGCAGCCCGAUCGGCUACCAAUGCUAUUGAAUAUGUUCAAAUAUAGAUAUCCGCAGUAUAUGCGGAUCAUCGCCGACAACCCGAAGGAGUUUCUGAAGCUGAGCAAAGAUGCCCCGGGGACGGCACCAAUCAGCUUGCCACUGUGGCAAAGUCUUACCACCGAAGCUGUUGGCAGUGUAUCGCCGAAUGGCAGUACCGCAAUUGAUCGUUUGAAGGCUCUCGGGUACCCGGAACACCGUGUCAACGAAGCGUACGAAGCGUGCGGGUAUGACGAGCAGAAAGCGGCCGAUUUUCUAUGCUCGCAGGCACGCGGCGAUGGCGAAUAG